AUGUAUGGUGAUGCGGGAGCUUUGGUUACUCCAGCUGCAGAGGAAGUUGGAAAAGAGUUCGUUUCCUUCGUUAAAAAGCAGUUCAACUAUUUAUGCUGCUUCAAACAGAAUGUUGAGAAAUUCAGGGAAAAAUCCAAAGAGUUGAAAAAUGAAAAAGAUGAUUUGCAAAAAAGAGUCGACCAAGAGAGAAAUAAUACGCAUCAGAUUCUUCAAAAGGUUUCUUACUGGAUUGGAGAGGCUAGCAAGAUUGAGAAUGACCCUGGUGAAAUUCAAGAAGGAAGUUCCCACUUGAAUAAUGGAUGCUGCACGAUUCUAUCACAUUAUGAAAUGAGUCGGAGAGCUGUAAAGGCUACUGAAAAAAUAGAAAAGCUUCUACAAGGGCGUAGAGAUUUGGGAGAUCAUAUAUCGGUGCCUGGACUUCCGGCAUCACAGGCUUCUGUUCCACGUGGAGAAGCCCUUGAAUUUUCAUCUAGGAAAGAUAUUGAAGAAGGUGUCAUAAGAGCUUUUAAGGAUGAGAAUGUUCAUUUGAUUGGGAUAUGCGGUAUGGGUGGUGUGGGGAAGACUACUUUGGCCAAAAAAGUUCAAUAUAUAGCGAAGGAGGAAUUGGGUUUAUUCGAAGAAGCUGUGAUGGUUGUUGUCGGUCAAAAUGUUGAUCCGAUGAAAAUCCAAUGCGAGAUUGCUGAAUGCUUGGGUUUGAAUGAGAUUAAGGAUGUUGAAUCAUACCAAGCUAGAGCACAUAAACUACGUGAGAGACUAAGAGGCACAAGACGGACCCUCCUAAUUCUGGAUGAUAUUUGGGAAAGUAUCAGCUUGGAGGAAUUAGGAAUUCCUUGUAAAAGCGAGUCCGAAGGCUGCUCUGUUUUAAUAACUACUCGGAAUAGAGAUCUGUUGAAAGAAAUGGAUGUUCAGAUUGUUGCAAUGGAAACCUUGUCUGAAGAGGAAGCGUGGUCCCUCUUUCAAGCGAAAGCUGGAGAUUGCGUGAAUAACUCAGAUAUACAGUCUAUAGCCAAAGAAGUAGUGAAAGAGUGCGAAGGUUUGCCUCUUGCAAUUAUAAAUGUCGGCAUGGCGAUGAAAGACGAAAAUAACUGUGACAAAUGGGAGAGAGCAUUGGAUCAACUAAAAUGUCCCACGUCACCCAAAAUUGAUGAAACUUUAAGAAAAAUUUAUAACGCAUUGAGGCUAAGUUAUGAUUACUUGAAAGAUGAUGAUAGCAAAUCCUUGUUGCAGCUCAGCAGUCAAUUUCCUGAGGAUUUUAAUAUUAGCCUCGAGGACCUAAUCUUAUGCAGCUUUGGGUUGUCGGAAGAAGGUUGUAGUUUGAGAGAUGCAAGAAGUAGAGUUUAUGAUUCAAUUGAUAAGCUUAAAAGUAAUUUCUUGCUGAUGGACGGAGACUUGAAUAACACUGUCAAAAUGCAUGAUGUGGUUCGUGAUGUGGUUAGAUUCAUCGCAUCACAAAAUGGCUCGGUCGAUUUGCAGCAUGAGUCGAGGGGAUAUUAUUCUACCAGUUGCAAAUGGAUAUUGGAAUUUCCGGAAAAGGAUAGUGAUUUUCUUAAAUACCUUUUGGGGCCUAAUUUUCCAAGUCUUCAGCUUUUGCUCCUACAAAAAGGAGGAUGGUGGGACUCAAUUUUAAAUGAGCAAGAGGUUGACUUCAGCAAACUGAGUCUGUUUAUGUCAUGUGGUCAGUCAAAGGCUUUAGAGAUAAGCGACUUUUCCUUUAUGGAGACAAUGAAAGAGCUUCGCGUGUUGUCUUUCAAAGAAAUAUCGUGCAAAUCACUGCCACAAGCAAUUUUGUUGCUGAAAAAUCUUCGGACAUUGCGGCUAAACAAUUGCCCACUGGAAAACAUUGAUGUUGUUGGCACGUUGUUAAGUCUUGAAAUAUUGAGUUGUGUUUGCUGUCCAAAUAUUCAUGAGAUACCUCUUGGGAUAGGGAUGUUGAAGAGGCUGAGGUUGGUAGAAUUUUCCUACUCCUCAGGUCUCAAAAGAGUAUCUCCUGGAAUCAUAUCAAACUUAACUGCAUUAGAGGAAUUGAAGAUGUUACAUAGUUUCAAGGGAUGGGAAUCAACAAAGCUCAAUGAAAUGAAGAGAAAAAAUGCCACUCUCAAAGAGCUUGAGUCAUUACGCAAGCUAACAUGCCUCGAGAUUCAAAUUGAGGAUGUUAGUGCGCUCGAGGAGGAGAUUCAGCUUCCAUGUGUAAAGAGGUUUAAAGUUUUAUUUGGAGAAGAGGAUUGUAGGAUUCCAGAGAAAGCUUUGAUUUUGCAUGGAUUAUCAAAAGAGAACAUUCAUAUUCCAAAUUGGAUCAUUGGACUUGCAAGGAAUACUGAUGUGCUCUCUUUAGAAGGAGAUGGUUUGAUAAACUUUCAUCUUUCACAAGUCCAUAGCACUAUUAAGUCUUUGAAAGUUCGGGAAUGUGGAAUGCUCAAGUCAUUGGUAAAUGCAACCACGGCGGCAGCGACAUCAACUGAUUGUAGGAGCUUUGUAUCUUUCAGAGAAUUGAAGUCCAUGGAACUUUAUAAUCUUCCAAGCAUAAAAGAGUUAUGUGAUGGACCAAUAUUAGAGGGAUCAAUUUCUUUUAAUAAUUUGAGAAAAAUGCAUCUUGUAAGAUUGCCAUCACUUGAAAAAUUGUGGAGUCCAAAUCAACAUGUUAUGCUCAACAACUUGAUUGAGGUAUAUUUGGAAGAAUGCAAUGAGCUACAAAAUCUCUUCUCUUUUGAAAGUAGCAAAGACUUCCCCUCAAAUCUUGAAAAGCUCCAAAUCAGGAAUUGCAAGAAGAUGAAACAAGUGUUUGUUAAUGGACACACAAGUCAUGUUCUUGUCCCGAAAUUGAAGAUGCUAAAACUAUCCAAGUUACCAAAUCUUACUAGUUUUAGCAAAGCAACGGCUAGCAUUGAGUUUCCAAUGUUGGAGGAGUUGAAGAUAAAGAAAUGUCCAAAAUUUGUAAAUUUUGUGGAAAGCAGUGAGAAGAAAGAGGAAGGAAACACCAACGAGAAUAGUCCAAUUACUCUUUACCUAUUUGAUCUUGAGAAGGUUAAAUUCGAUGUAUUGGAAUACUUAUCCAUAUCUGAUUGCAACAAUAUCAAAACCUUGUGUACAAUUUCAGUAAUUGAUCAUUUUGUCAAUCUCAAAGAAUUGUGGAUUAAAGAUUGCAAAUUCAUGGAACAAGUGAUAGCAAUUAAGAAAAGGGGUUGUGAAAGUUUGAUUGUAAAAAAUAAGGUGAUGGAAGGACUUCUAAAAAAGAAUGAGAAUGAAGAUGAUGAGAUGACAAACUACAUUGUUUUUCCGAAAUUGGAGUCUCUAUGCCUUGAAGGACUAUCAAUUCUAACUAGCUUUGGGAAAGAGAUUAAAAGCAUUGAAUUCCCAAUGCUAGCUGAAAUAGAAAUUGAAAAUUGUCCGAAUCUCAGCAGCUUUGUUUGUCCCAUGGAAUGCAAUAGAAAAAGCCACCAAAGGAAUGAUGCCGAUGAUGAUGAACAGUCCCAUUCGUUAUUUUGCAAACAAAAGGUCAAAGCUAAUGGAUUGGAAAAGCUGAUCAUAUCUGGAUGCAACAAUAUUAGAAGUAUAUAUUUUAUUUCAGGAAUUGAUCAUUUUGUCAAUCUCAAAGAAUUGUUGAUUCAAGAUUGCAAAUUUCUGGAACAAGUGAUAGCAAUUAAGAAAAGGGGAUGUGAAAGUUUGAUUGUAAAAGAUGAGCUGAUGGAAGGACUUCUAAAAAAGAAUGAGAAUGAAAAUGAUGAGAUGACAAACUACAUUGUUUUUCCGAAAUUGGAGUUUCUAUGUCUUGAAGGACUAUCAACUCUAACUAGCUUUGGGAAAAGAAUUGAAAGCAUUGAAUUCCCAAUGCUAGCUAUAGUGAACAUUAAAAAGUGUCCGAAUCUCAGCAGUUUUGUUUGUCCCAUGGAAUGCAAUAGAAAAAGCCACCAAAGGAAUGAUGCCGAUGAUGAUGAACAGUCCCAUUCGUUAUUUUGCAAACAAAAGGUCAAAGCUAAUGGAUUGGAAAACCUGAGCAUAUCUGGAUGCAACAAUAUUAGAAGUAUAUAUUUUAUUUCAGGAAUUGAUCAUUUUGUCAAUCUCAAAGAAUUGUGGAUUCAAGAUUGCAAAUUCGUGGAACAAGUGAUAGCAAUUAAGAAAAGGGGAUGUGAAAGUUUGAUUGUAAAAGAUGAGCUGAUGGAAGGACUUCUAAAAAAGAAUGAGAAUGAAAAUGAUGAGAUGACAAACUACGUUAAAAUUGACGGAUUGAAGAAGUUGCAAAUUUCGGGAUAUGAAGACAUGAGCAAUAUUUGGUGCCGGCAUAUUCCUCAGUCUUUCUUUAUAUCAUUAGAGAAAUUGGUAAUAGGAAGAUGUCACAACAUCAAGAGUUUAUUUUCUUCUGCAAUUGUUGGGCACCUUGUCAAAAUUGAAGAAUUAUACAUUGAAGAUUGCAAGAAAAUGGAAGUAGUCCUUUAUGGCAACAAAAAGAUGAAUGAUAGUUCAACGCCACUUCCAAGGUUGGCUAAAUUAAGACUUACAGACCUGCCAAUUCUAGGGAUGAUUUGUGAAUGGAGAUUAGAUAUUGAGUUGCCAUUGUUGGAAUACUUAUGGAUACGUAACUGCUCACAAAUGGAGUCUUUGUCGCUUGAAUCUUGGAUCGCACCAAAGUUGAAGUUUGCGGUAGUAGACGACAGAGCCUUUGAAAACUUGAAAGGAGUAAAGAUUUAA